AUGGUGAACAUCACCCAUUGGGUUCUUUUUAUAUCGCUUCUCUUUUCAACUUUUGCUUAUCAAAUCCAUGCAGCCAACAAACAAACACAGGCUCUUUCUCUUCUCUACAAGGCCAAAUGGGCCGGUAACUCGGCCAUCGACACCAGCCAUUUUGAGCCACCUCGACAUUUGAAUAAAACCAGUCUUGUUCUCCCUCAAGAAGGUUUGAAAAAGAAGGAUAAAAUCGACAGAUUGCCUGGUCAACCAUUCGUCAAAUUCAACCAAUAUGGUGGGUAUGUUACUGUGAAUGAAUCCGCAGGUCGGGCAUUUUACUAUUACUUCGUUGAAGCCGAGAGCUCCAAACAAUCUUUACCACUCCUCCUUUGGCUCAAUGGAGGCCCGGGUUGUUCUUCGCUUGCUUAUGGAGCUAUGCAGGAGCUUGGGCCAUUCCGAGUCAACAGCGAUGGCAAAACUCUUUACAGAAACAAAUUUGCAUGGAAUCAUGUGGCGAAUGUUUUGUUUGUGGAGUCACCUGCGGGCGUAGGGUUUUCGUAUUCAAACUCAUCAUCGGAUUACCAAAACUGCGGAGAUGCAUCAACUGCUGCUGACAAUUAUGUAUUCUUGUUGAAUUGGCUGGAAAGAUUUCCAGAAUACAAAGGAAGAGAGUUUUAUAUCUCAGGAGAAAGCUAUGCAGGACACUAUGUGCCUCAGCUUGCACAUACCAUUCUUCACUAUAACAAAAUUGCCAAGAAAACCCUAAUCAAUCUCAAAGGAAUCCUUAUUGGGAACGCGGUGAUCAAUGAUUAUACGGAUUCGAUAGGGAUGUAUGAUUAUCUUGGUUCGCAUGCUAUCCUAUCAGAUGACACGAUUGAUCAGAUCCGUAAAUACUGUGACUUCUCUUCAAAUGCGACCACACAGUCGGAUGAGUGCAAUCAAGCAAACAAUGAUGCUAAUCGCGAUCUUGAACAUAUCAAUGUCUACAACAUCUAUGCUCCUUCAUGCCUCAAUGAAAACCUUACUUCCAAGCCGAAGCGGAUGUUGCAGGGUACUAUUCAUCCAUGCAGCGGGUACUAUACAUACGCUUAUAUGAAUCGUGAAGACGUGCAAAAAGCUCUAAACGCUAAUGUCACCAAACUAGAUCAUGAAUGGGAACUAUGCAGCGAUAUCAUCAGCGACUGGGGUGAUAGUCCUGUGACGAUAAUUCCACUUCUUAAGGAAUUUAUGCAGAAUAAUCUUCGCGUAUGGAUAUUCAGUGGUGAUACCGAUGCUCGGGUACCAGUAACGUCGACCAAGUAUUCGAUUGGUUCAAUGAAGCUGCCUAUAAAGACUCCAUGGCAUCAAUGGCUUCAUCAAGGGGAGGUGGCUGGAUUUGCACAGGUUUAUCAAGGAGACCUAACAUUUUCGACUAUUCUCGGAGCUGGUCAUCAGGUGCCAAGCUACAAACCCAAGACUGCAUUUGCAUUGGUUAGGCACUUCUUGACGGGGAAACCUCUUAACGAUUCAAGACAUUGAAUUUGAUCAUCAGCGGUUAACUUCGCUCCCAAUUGAUUCUUAUUCGAAUUUAAAAAUGUUUUCGUCAUUGGUGUUUCUUCACAUAGUUGAUUUGCAACUUACUGCAAACCAAGUAUCAUAUCCUCCUUCCAUAUUUUGAAUUAAUUUCAUAUUUCUAGUUAAAAGGUUGGUCUC